AUGAACCAGGCCUUCUGGAAAACCUACAAGUCCAAAGUUCUGCAGACCCUGAGUGGGGAAUCUGAAGAAGACCUGGCAGAGGAGAGGGAGAGCCCAGCAUUAGUGGAACCUGAGGCGGCAGAACCCACUGAAGAGGCCUUCAGUUCCAUGUCACAGCUGGCCCGCAGGGUUCAGGGGGUUGGGGUGAAAGGCUGGCUGACAAUGUCAUCUCUGUUCAACAAAGAAGAUGAGGACAAACUGCUGCCACAGGAGUCCUGUGCUGACCACCCGCUGGCGGCGCGGCCCCCCUCGCAGGCGGCGGCGCCGGAGGCCGAGACGCGCGGGCCCGGAUUCUGGGACGCGUUCGCCAGUAGGUGGCAGCAGCAGCAGGCGGCGGCGGCGGCGAUGCUGCGCGGUGCGGAGCCCGCCGAGCCCGAGCCCGAAUGCGCCAGCGAGGCGGCGGCUGCCGAGGCUGCUGAGCAUCUGGAGCCGCGGGAGACCGACCCCAAUGCCGGCUUCAAGUGGGGCUUCCUCACCCACAAACUGGCCGAGAUGCGGGUGAAGGCUGCACCCAAGGGCGACUAG